GGUUGAUGGAACAUCAUGGCAUCAACGCCGGUUUUCUAGAUGUUCCUCUGAGCUUCUUCGGCCGCCGUACAGACGAAGAACAGAGCUUUUGCGUACCUUGGACAAUAAGGGAAGAUGCAUCGACUUUUGAGGUCUUCUACACAUUUCGGUACGCCGAACGCAGAGAAGAAUUACUGAACGAACCCUGGGUCAUCCGCCAAGCAGGCGUAUAUCAGAAGUACAGCUUGGCGCAAAAGAAGUCGUUGAUAUUCUUGAUCAACGCAGUCCCAGAUUCGGUGGCACAUCGUCGAGUGUUCGAGAGCCUUUCAAAGUAUCAAUCUGAACUGAGCUGUAACCCGUUAUGGAUCCAUAAUGUCGCACAUACUGCAUACUUCAUGCGUUGGCGAGAGUAUCUGGCUGAAUACGAGAAGAGGCUGCUGAAAAUUGCAGACACCACGAUAGCCACAAUGAUCAACAAGCCGUUACGUGUUGAUUACGACACAUUGACGAGAGUCAGAUCCCUGGAAAGCAAAUUUCUUCCUCUGCGUGCCAUUCUGACAAGCUUUGAAGAGGUGGUCACUGGACUCGAAAUGCUGGGUAGCGCUUUGUUGGAUAGAGCCCAUGUGCAAACGAACGAUCAGGGGCAAGCAGCAUUCCAUCUUCGAAGCGUGAGACAGUACUGUCAGACUUACGUACGCACAGCGCUUUUCCUGCAGCAACGCAGCGAUGGCGCGGCAAAGCUCCUGGCGGAUACGCUUGCGUUUCGAAACCAAGGUGUCGCUCAGGAGCAGAAUAGCAGUAUGUUGCUGUUGACGAGAUCCGCCGUGUUCAUCACCGUCAUCACCCUGUUCUAUCUUCCAUGGACGUUGCUAACGGUACGUUGGACCCUUGGGUUGCUGUCAUUCGGUAUUGAUAACGUGUCUCAGGGCAUAUUCGGUAUGGAGUUCUUCGAAUUGGACCAGAAUACACGACAUUUGAAGGUGUCGCCACAGAUUUGGAUCUUUUUCGCAACUGCUGCGGGCAUAACUACGUUGACGAUGAUGCUGUAUUAUCUGAUGGCGAGACCAUCGGAGACUCGCAGUAAGGGUAUCCCGGCAGAGUCAGUGACCACUCACGUACCACCUAGCUUGAGCAGAAGUGGCACAGAUAUAGAAAAGAAUGCUCAGUGUGCCCGCGCCUAGAUGUGGAGACUUGGGCCACUUUGUGGGAAAGAUGCUAGGGAGCAUCCAGAUAAGUCCGAAUGACACGUAUGACGUUGUCGUCAAUGGAAGAAACUAAGACAUAACGCCGUUCCCGUGAUUGCGUCAGUUGACUGGCAAAGGCGGCUGCAAAUUUGGAACCGUAUUUCAUGCCAGGCAGUGAAGCUACUCCAUCAGGCUGGAACUCUUCUUGCGUUGUUGAAGUCGGAAAUGUAAACAGUUGCAGUUCGUCGUUGGCCUGCUUGGUCCCAAUGGCCAGAAUGUUGCGAUCGUUGUUGUCCAUGAGUAUCUUCAUAAGACGGCAACUUUGUGCCCGACUCUGUUUGAAGAUCUUAGGAUCCCAUGCACGUGAGAUAACGCGUUUCUCCUGAGAGAUGA